GAGAGAGAGAGAGAGAAAGACAGCGAAAUAGAGAGUUGUCGGUUGCAUACGUAAAUGGAAGAGUGUGGGAUCAAAGGUCUCCGUCUGGUCCCAGUAGUCCUGCUCCUAUGGAACUGACAUAUGCCUUCCCUUUCUCACGCCUUGUGCUGACUUCUUUCUAGUACUAAACCUCUUUCGCUCUCUAUAAAAACUAGACACAAAACUUUGUUGCUCCCCAAAAGUGAAGUAGGAAGAAGAACCUCACAGUUUCUCUCCCUCCUCCUUUCUCUCUCUACGCAUUCACUUUUUUGGCGACCUAAAAGAUCAGGAAGAAUAGAAACUUACAACACUCAGCGUCACGCCUUCCUAACUCAAUAAUCAGGGCCGGCUCAAUGGUAAGGCCAUUGAGGCCAUUGCCUAAGGCCCCCACCCUAUGUCCAUAUUGCAUAGAAACUUUGGGUCGAUCUGAGGAAGAGUUGCAGAAAAGUGGAGCUGCCGAAUAUGGACUGGAAUGGGAGUUUAAUUAGACCCUUCGUUACCCGACCAGAAUCUUCUUUAAGCUUCCUCUACAACUAUAACUACGACCAUUUUCCAGGAAUGGAGGUGAAGCAUCCAGCAGUGGUGGACUCGGCUCAUGGGAUGGUGCCGACAAUGGACAAGAACAGCAACUAUGGCAGCUGCCAGGAGAAGAAGAAGCGAUUAACGAGCGAUCAGCUAGAUUCACUGGAAAGGAGCUUCCAGGAAGAGAUAAAACUGGACCCUGAUAGGAAAAUGAAACUGUCCAAGGAGCUAGGGCUGCAGCCUCGCCAAAUCGCUGUUUGGUUCCAAAAUAGGCGCGCUAGAUGGAAGGCUAAGCAGCUUGAGCACCUAUACGAUGCACUUAAGCAGGACUAUGAUGUCAUCUCUAGGGAGAGGCAGAAGCUUCAAGAGGAGGUUAUGAAAUUGAAAGCUAUGCUGAGAUCAGAGCAGCAAGCAGGAGGGAGGAAGCAAGCUGGCUCCACGGGCUACACAGAAAUCUCUGGAGAAGAGACGGUGGAGAGCACAUCUAUUGCCAUUAAUGGCUCUAACAAGACAAGAUCAGGAGGAGGAGGAGGAUCAGCGAGUCAGCAUCAUCAGAUUAAUGCAGACUGCAACUAUCUCUUCAAUGUGGAGGAGUAUAACCCAUUAUCUCCUCCUUACUGGCCGGGUGGCCUCCCUUCCUAUCCCUCCUAACUAUUUGGCUGUUUGAUUAUUAGUUGUUCAUAUUCAGCUUAGAGCGUGUUCUUUAGCUUAUUAGUAGGACCGAUGCAUGCAUGAGACCCACUUGAAGAAUUGCUAUACAUAUCGAUGAUCAGCACAUGAGUACUGAAAAAGACGCUAGCUAGCUGUCGUCUCCAGGAUUUUCAUUAACCUACCUAUUUACUUGCA